AUGCUUUCUACGAUCUCCGCCAAACAGGCUGUUGCCAUCCUUGCUUUCCUGGCUGCCAGUGUUCAUGGGCACGUUGUCAUGACUGAGCCGGUGCCGUUUACAUACCCAGACCCAAACAACCAGCAAGCCCCUCUUUCUGAUAGUGGAUCUGAUUUCCCAUGCAAAUUUCAAGCAGGCAUUACGCCUCAGACCGUCAAAGUGACUGCGUUGCAGCCGACCGGCAACAAACUGAAAUUGAAAGGUGGCGCAACCCACGGAGGUGGGUCCUGCCAAAUCUCCCUCACCCAGGAUAAACUCCCCACCAAGGAUUCUCAGUGGGAAGUCAUUAAGUCCAUUGAAGGAGGUUGCCCUUCGGACGCCCCUGGCAACCUCUCAGACAACGCAGAGGAACCGCUUCCAGAAAUUGAAUAUUCGAUCCCUGAGGGUACUGCUGCAGGUGAAUACACUCUGGCUUGGACAUGGUUCAACAAGAUCGGUAAUCGCGAGAUGUACAUGAACUGUGCGCCAGUUAGCGUCGGAGGAGGUGCGGCCAAGCGAGAAGUGGCCAAGAUCAGCAAGAAGCGACAAUCCGGUCUCCCAGUCAUGUUCACCGCCAACAUUGGAAAUGGUUGUUCGACCAACGAAGGCGACGACGUCACUUUCCCCGACCCCGGUGCCGACGUUGUGAAAGGCUCUCAGGCCACACCAGGAGAGCCGGUCGGUUCUUGCGGUGCAGCAGGUGCUCCAUCAGCUGACACUGCAUCAACCUCUACUCCAGCCUCUGGGUCCGAUUCCGGUGCCGAUCAAGCCCCGGCUCCUGCCACCACCUCCGCCGCUACUCCCGCUCCUCAAGCCCCAGCGCCUCAAGCCCCAGCUCCUCAAGCUCCUGCUCCUGCCGCCGUCGCUGGGGGUGCCGCCUGCUCUCCCGAGGGCAUGUACGUCUGCGCCGCCGACGGAGCCUCCUUCACCCGCUGCGCCUCGGGCGUCAUGUCCGCCCCCAUACCAAUCGCAGCCGGCAUGAAAUGCACACCUGGCUCCGACGCGUCCAACCUUCAGAUGGCGGCCGUCAAGCGAGCUGCUUCAUUCGGCGCUUAA